UUCACAAAUCUCAAUAAGAUCAACAUAACGGCGAAACCACAUCUCUCGUGCGGAUUCUGCGAGAUUGCAAUCUUCUUCUUCGUAGGGCACAGUUUUCACUCAAGCUACGAGAGAGGAAGGAUGGGGUGCACCUCCUCGAAGCGAAUUGAGGCUGAUGUCUACCGGCCGGCACCCACGAGCUUCGCUCUCUUCGAUAUCAACGCCAUCGAAGAGCCCUGGCUAAUCACCGGUGAUAAACAGCAGCAGCAACCGCAAGAGAAGACCGGCACGCACGUCCCAGCGUCCAUACUGGAGAAGCUCGACAAGUUCGAACUCGCCUCUAAUGGCCCUCACUCAUGGUCUGAAGUAAGCAAGGCUUUGGAAGACCUCAAGCCCACCCUCGACCCUCAAAAGCCUCUCGCAACCAAAGCUGAUCAUGACGUCGUGUCCCCCAAGGCCAAGGUGGAAGACAGCACCCGAGCCUCGAAACCUCCCCCACGCAAGAGCCAAUCCUUUCACACGGUGGAAGAACUCGACCCUAAGGCUAAGCUACCAUCCAAACCAACUCAGUUAAAGAAAACCGAGUCGAUGGCCGAAUUGCAGAGAACCGAGUUCUCGAACGCGGAGUCACGACCCGCUUCAAAACCAGCUGUCGAUUCUGCCGGGUUUAGGCCACUAAGGGAGAACGCAUUCAUCGUACGGGACAGGAUGGAGAGGGAAAGGGAGGGGAGGACUUCAGGAGGUGUCGAUGGGAGCGCGAGGUCUAGGUGGGACCCACUGAGUGAGUACCCGGAGAAGUGCCCGCCUGGUGGAGCUGACUCGGCGGUUCUCUACACGACCACGCUGGGUGGGGUUCGCCGCACGUUUGAGGACUGUAACCGUGCAAGGUCAGUGCUGGAAGCGCAGCAAGUGGACAUCGAUGAGCGGGACGUGUCGCUGCAUGGCGAGUUCCUGAACGAGUUGAAGGAAUUAGUGGGAGAAGAAUGCAGCGUGCCGAGACUGUUUGUGAAGGGAAGAUACAUCGGAGGGAUAGACAAAGUGGUGGAGCUGAACGAAUCAGGUCGACUGGGGAAGUUGUUGAAGUGGGCGGGGAUCGUUAGAGGAGUGGGGAGGCGAGCGUGUGAGGGGUGCGGGGGAGCAAGGUUUGUGCCGUGUUUGGAGUGCGGAGGUAGUUGUAAGGUAUUGAUAGAGGAUAAGAAAGAGAGGUGCAGUAAGUGCAACGAGAACGGAUUGGUUCAGUGUCCUCUUUGUCAUUGAUCGGCCCGAACUUGACUUCUUCGUGGGUCGUGGUUGAAUUCAUGUUUGAUACAGAUAUUCCAUGUAAAAAAACAAAUAGAUAUACGAGUUACGAGAUCAGGUAAGCAUAUAUGUGUAUAUAUUAAGGAUCAUUUGCUGUGAUAAUUUUUAUUUG